GCCACCCCCACGCGGCCGCCCCGCCCUGCAGGCCCCCGGUGCCCCCGCAGCCAGCUGGCCAGCCCCGCUCUCCGGCCGGAGUCUUCAGCACGGGGUGCAGCGUCCUGCUGAGAGCCCCGAGGUGGACCUGCUGAAUCAGACGGCGUGGACACUGAGUCACCAGCGCUGCCUCCAGGAAGCUCCCGAGCUUCUCCCUGGGGGGCUGGCCGCACCGGCACCGCAGCCAUGGUCCGCAACGUGGACGACCUGGAGUUCCACCUGCCCUCGCACGCCCAGGACAUGCUGGACGGGCUGCAGAGGCUGCGCGCGCAGCCCAAGCUGGCCGACGUCACGCUGCUGGUGGGCGGCCGGGAGCUGCCCUGCCACCGCGGCCUGCUGGCACUCAGCAGCCCCUACUUCCACGCCAUGUUCGCGGGCGACUUCGCCGAGAGCUUCUCGGCGCGCGUGGAGCUGUGGGACGUGGAGGCCGCCGUGGUGGGGCAGCUGGUGGACUUCGUGUACACGGGCCGGCUGACCAUCACGCAGGCCAACGUGGAGGCGCUGGCCCGCACGGCCGCGCGCCUGCACUUCCCGGCCGUGCAGAAGGCCUGCGGCCACUACCUGCAGCAGCAGCUGGACGCCACCAACUGCCUGGGCAUCUGCGAGUUCGGGGAGCAGCAGGGGCUGCUGGGCGUGGCCGCCAAGGCCUGGGCCUUCCUGCGGGAGAACUUCGAGGCCGUGGCCCGGGAGGACGAGUUCCUGCAGCUGCCCCGGGACCGGCUGGCCGCCUGUCUGGCCGGCGACCUGCUGCAGGUGCGGCCGGAGCAGAGCCGGCUGGAGGCCCUGCUGCGCUGGGUGCGCCACGACCCGCCGGCCCGGGCGGCCCACCUGCCCGAGCUGCUGGGCCUGGUGCGCCUGGAGGCCGUGUCCGGGCCCUACGUGCGGCAGCUGCUGACCACGGAGCCGCUGAUCCUGGAGUCCGAGGCCUGCCGGGCGGCCCUGUCCCGGGGCCAUGAGGCGGCGCCGCCGGCCCUGCCGCGGCAGCUGGAAGAGGUCCUGGUGGUGGUGGGCGGGCGGGCCCUGGAGGAAGAGGAGGAGGAGGAGGACGCCGAGGAGCGGGCCCCCCACCACGGGAACUUCGCUUUCUACAACACCAAGGCCAAGACCUGGAUGGCGCUGCCCCACUUCCCCGACUUCAACAAGUGGGGCUUCUCCCUGGCCGCGCUGAACAGCUGUGUCUACGUCACAGGUGGCUCGCGGGGCACCAAGACGGACACCUGGUCGACCACCCAGGCCUGGUGCUUCCCGCUGGCGGAGGCGGUCUGGAGGCCCGUGGCGCCCAUGCUCAAGGCCCGCACGAACCACGCCAGCGCGGCGCUCAACGGGGAGAUCUACGUCGUGGGUGGCACCACGCAGGACGUGGUGGAGGUGGAGAGCUACGACCCCUACACCGACACCUGGGCGCCCGUCAGCCCCGCCCUCAAGUACGUCAGCAACUUCUCGGCCGCCGGCUGCCAGGGCCGCCUCUACCUGGUGGGCUCCAGCGCCUGCAAGUACAACGCGCUGGCCCUGCAGUGCUACAACCCCGUCACAGAAGCGUGGAGCGUGAUCGCCUCGCCCUUCCUCCCCAAGUACUUGUCCUCGCCGCGCUGCGCCGCCCUGCAGGGGGCGCUCUACCUGGUCGGCGACAACACCAAGAAGGUCUACGUGUACGACCCCGGGGCCAACCUGUGGCAGAAGGUGCAGCCCCUGCACAGCCUGCACGAGAACGGCGCCCUGGUGCCGCUGGGUGAGGCGCUGUACGUGACCGGGGGCCGCUGGCAGGGCAUGGACGGCGACUACCACGUGGAGAUGGAGGCCUACGACCCCGGGCGCGACGCCUGGACCCGCCACGGCGCCCUGCCCCGCCUCUGGCUCUACCACGGGGCCUCCAGUGUCUUCCUGGACGUCUCCAGGUGGGGCCAGCCCUUCGGCCCUGCCCUGGGGCACUGAGCCCCCCGAGGCGCCGGGGACACGGCGGACGCCGACCUCCGAGGUGGGGGGCCCCCCCCCCCGUGCAUGUCUGCUUGUUUGUGCUCCUGGCCGGGGCUGGGCUCGGGCCACCGGGCACGUCAGAGUGACCUGGUUUUCGUCUCCCCGGCCACCACACCAGCUCUGAGUGGACGGGCGGCAGGGCCUGGACUCGGGACCCCAAAGCGCUGCUUCUGGGGACAAAGGGGGCUGCCGCCCAGCUUUUCCGAGCCCCGCCCCCAGGAGGGCAGCACCCAGCCGAGGCAGUGGGAGACAGGGCCCCUCUGCCCGCACAGGGGCUGGGGGGCUGGGGGGUUGCGGGGGUGGUCAGUGAAGGCUUCCCAGGGCAGACGAACACGGCGGCCCUUCCAGCCAGGGUUUUCCGUCUCUCGGGCUGGCUCGCUCCCGACAAAGCCGUGAGUCAGAACAGAAGCCCCCGGGGAGGCCCGGGCAGCAUGCUGCCGGGAUUUCCUGGGAGGCCCCUCGGGCACGUCGGUGGCUUCCUGCCCGGCAGCCCCCUGGGCGAGGGCAGCGGUGAGCCCUACCUCCGGCCAGCAGAGCACGCCUCCGGGGACACGGGCCAGCCGCUGAGCCCUGGGGCCGACGGCCUCACGCAGGCUGGCUCAGGCUUCCCGCUGCUCCUGACUCACCCCGAGUGAGGGGUGUCUGUGUCUGUCACCGAGGACACGCUGAAGGACUCUCACCGGGUGCUGAGUGGCCCUCCGGCUUUGUCACAGGCUCUGUCAGG